AUGGCACGACUACCAUCACCCCACAGUCGGUAUACCAAGCACUGGACUCAGCGCAGCCCCAUGUACCGCCGAAUUGCCAUGCUCUUGCAGAUGGUAACCUAUACUCAACUACUAUGCGAGAUGGCCGCCAAAAGACGAGGAGGCGAACGCAGCAGAUGGCGCGUUAUCGUCCUCCUCGAAGCUAUCAAAGCCAUCUGUCGUCUUUUGCUGCUUCGAGUCACUCGCGCCCGUCCUAUCGUCACGCCAGUCCUACCCGAGCGGGAACCCAUUCCGGAAGAGCCAGAGUCGGAGGAGGACACCGGCCUGAAGGAGCUGAUGGGCGAUUCGGCCAAUGGUCAUGCCUCCGAAGCUGGGGAUGAAGCCCCCAAGCCCCACGAGAAAGAUUGGUCGAUGCCCAGAACUGGCAUGAGUUUACCCUCUUUACCGAAUGCCGGUGACAUCAGUGGCUACCUGUUGAGCAAGGUCUUAACCGCUGACGAUGUCAAGCCAGCGGCAAAGCUGCUGAAUCAACUUCAGGGUAGCGCGCAGGCAGCCGAAGUGCUUCACAUACUUGCACCAUUCGUGUACGCUGUCGCACUCUCAAGGAGCAAGAACAAGAAAUCCUGGACACCGUGGCUUGUUGGGUUGACCGUCGAAUACGCGGCUCGCCAGCUGAGGGACCGUAGUUUCAGGACUACGCCUCUAGAACGCGACGAAUGGAGCAAGAGAGGCUGGGCCAUGGGAUGGUGGACAAUGCGUGGGGCAUUUUAUGAGAACAUUAUGAAGGGCGUCGUUGGAGGCGUCAGAUCAAGGGUACCUGGGAUCAUCGGUGGCAUCCUGGAGGACUAUGAGUAUCUGUGGGAAAAUUACUACUUCAGCACCAGCGCUUGA